AUGUCUUCAACCAAAACUGCUGACUCCAAUGCCCCGAAAGAGGUGGUCCAUGCCGAUGGCACCGUCACCUACGUCGACGUCCAGGCCAUCGGGGGCGAUGUGGAAGACAUGCCCAAGGGCUACUUCCGGAGCCUGCCCUUCUUGGGCACAGUGCUGGCCCAAUGCCUCGGAUCGAUCGUAGCCUACCUGGGCUGGGUGAUGCCAGCAAACACCCUGAGCCUGAUCAACGCCGAGCUGGGCAAUUCCCCCAAUAUCAACUGGGUAGCCACCGUAUGGACGCUCUCAAGCUGCAUUGGGUUCCUCCUCAUCGGCCGUCUCUCCGACAUCUUUGGUAGGAAGUGGAUCGUGCAGGGCUCAAUGAUCCUCUCUAUCAUCGGGUGCAUCGUCGGAGCGCGAGCCACAUACGUCGAGAUGCUGAUUGCCGCGAAUGUCUUCAAUGGGGUCUCGGCUGCAGGCCAGCUCUCGUUUGGAAUCAUCCUGGGCGAGCUCGUGCCCAACAAAUACCGCGGCGUGAUCGUGACGAUCGUCUUCCUGUCCUCGCUACCUUUUGCUGUCUUCGGGCCUGUUCUUGCUCGACUGCUGAUCCAGAAUACAAGCCAGGGCUGGCGGUGGAGUUACUAUAUCGGACUGAUCCUCGCUGUCAUCGCCACCAUCCUAUAUCACUUCCUCUACCAUCCACCGAAGUACGCACAGCUCAAUGUCGACGGCAAGACGAAGUGGGAGAUGUUCAAGGAACUCGACUUCCUAGGUAUCUUCCUCUUCAUUGCGGGCUGCGUGCUGUUCCUCAUCGGGCUGUCCUGGGGAGGGACCAGUUACCCCUGGGUCAGCGCACCGACCCUCUGCACUCUGCUCAUCGGCAUCACUACCAUAGCAGCCUUUGUUUUCUACGAGGGCUUCGUAUGCAAAACCCGACCGUUCAUGCCUCCGCGGCUAUUCAAGAACGUCGGGUUCGUUGCAAUCGUCGCCGACGCAGCCGUGGGCGCAAUGGUCUACUACUCCUUCACUGUGCUAUGGCCACAGAUCAUCUCCUCAAUCUACACGACCGAUUCCAUCCAGAUCGGUCUGCAGAGUUCCGUGGUCGGCGGUGGAAUUCUCCUCGGCCAGGUACUGGGCGGAAUGGCGCUGGGCUUCGUCCCCGGAGUCAAAUACCAGUGCAUCAUUGCAUCUUGUCUCUCGAUGGCCUUUAUCACCCCACUUUGCGCUCUGGGCCCGGAUACCUGGUCGAUGACGAUCGCGCUGGGCACGCUGGGUUGUAUCGGUAUGUCGAGUCCCCCUCCGGAUCUGCACGCUCUGACCAAAGCUUCUACAACAGCCGUCGGCUACGUCGACAACAUCACCUUCCCCGGCGUGACCCUCGUCGUCGAGGCACAGGACAUCGGCCUUGCAACGGGCGUUCUGGGUUCGCUCCGCGCUCUCGGGGGAGCGGUUGCACAGGCCGUGUACGUGUCUGUGCUGGAUAACGAGGUGAAGAAGAAUAUCCCGAAAUAUGUGGGUGCGGCAGCCACCGCAGCUGGUCUGCCUGAGUCUUCUCUGUCCGCGCUCCUUGAGGCUGUGUCCGCUGGGUCAAUCCCUGACGGGGUGCCGGGUGCCACAGACAGCGUUGUUGCGGCCUCAAUGGCGGCUCGUAAGAUCGCGUAUUCGGAGAGCUUCCGCGUUGUCUUCCUUUGCACGAUACCAUUUAGCGUUAUUUUGAUUGUCGCUAGUUGCUUUGUGCCGAGCAUGAGGGAUUUGGUCCAUUAUAAUGUGGCGAGACGUCUUCAGGGACAGGAGAAGGGGGAUGUUGUCUCGGAGAGCAAGGCGGACGUUGAGAUGAUUGAGCAUGUCUAA